AUGGCCAAAAGUACAUUACAAAAAUGUGCUGUCACACAGCACAUCGCCAAUGCCUAUAGCCUAAAAGGUCAACUGCCUGAAGGGAGCAUGGAAUCUCUGGCAACAGCCAUUCAUUUCUUCAAGACGAAGUGCCAAACACUGUCGAGUGAACUCCGACAAGUAGCCCUGCCUGAACUUCUGGGAUAUCUCUCUAUGCGUUUGCUGCGUUGCAAGAAACAUGCAUCAGAGACCGGCCCGCCAGCAGUGUGGAGUGAUGGAGAUUACACCAUCAGCUGUGGCGAUUCUGAUGAAAAGAAGGCGGUGCUGCGCGAUAGUUGUGAGGAACGACUAAAAGAAUCUGGUGGAGGAAUUUGGCUCAACGUCGUCCCGAACUGCGUUUGUACGACUGCAUGA